UUAUGUAAAUACUUAUUGUAGAGAAAACAUACACAGUCUCAUAAUCCAACUGUUGAGUAGGUAGAAGUCGAACUGUUUUUCUAGUACAUAAUGAACCUCCUGUUUUACUGCAUUUUGAACCUGUUUUCAAUCUUCUACGAUACCCAUCAAGCAGAAACCGAUGCAGCGAUAAAAGUUGACUACAAAUGGACUUUUGCCCAGUUUCAGUAUCCCGAUGCGAAAGCUCGAGAAGAAGCGGAGCAAAAACAUCUCUACAUACAGGAGAAUGUGGCCAUUAUAGAUUCAGAUUAUUAUUCACAAGAUGAAAAAUCUCCAAAACGGGUCUUCGUCACAACACCUCAACUCAAAGAUGGAAUACCAUACACCAUUUCGGAAGUUACAACGGAACUCGAUAGCCAAGGGGAACCAUUUUUGAAACCGUUUCCAGGAUUCGAUAAGGCUGCUGGUGCUAGCGCUGAUCCUGCGACUUGUGAAUUUGCAAAAUCUGUUUUUCGAGUACAUGUGGACAAAUGUGGCUUAUUAUGGGUGCUGGACUCGGGACGAGUGAAUGUGUUUGUUAAUACCACGAGGGUUUGUCGACCAAAAUUACUGAUAUACGAUUUGAAAAAUCACGAUAGUUUGUUACUCAGCUACGAAUUUCCCGACGGUGUCAUAAUCUCAGGCAGUCUUCCAAUCACUUUAGUGACUGAAUCGUACAAAGAAGAUUGCUCAGAUAGUAUCGCUUAUAUCGCAGAUGUUGUUGGCUACGGACUAAUUGUAUUUGAUUUGCAAAAUAAAGCGAGUUGGAGAGUAAGCCACAAUUAUUUUUAUCCAACGCAAACCGCCGGUACAGCGACUAUUGUAGGAAUAACGUUAGAUAUAAUGGAUGGAAUAUUCGGUUUAACUUUAGGUCCCGGAGACUCGAAUACGCGAAAAUUAUACUUUCACAGCUACGCCAGUUUUCGAGAAUCAUGGGCUCGGGUCAGCGAUCUGAAAAAUACUGCUAUUACUCAAAAUCCAGAUGAAAUCAGAAAGAAAAUUGAAAUAAGCGAUGAAGCUCGUACUGGGCAGUCCACUGUCGAAGUGAUGACCAACGAUGGAAUACUUUUAUUCGCCGAUAUACCAGGAUUAUCAAUCAAGUGUUGGAAUUCAAAUACUCCGUUUGUAAAAGGAAAUUUACACGAUAUUUAUAAAAACGAAGAAAAUUUACAAUUCAUCAGCGGGAUGAAACUGAAGAAUGAUACAGAAUUGAUUAUCACCACUUGUAGAUUGCAGAAUUAUGCUGUAGGUCGUUCGAACGGUCCUGAUGUCAAGUAUCGUAUAAUUACCAUCGACGAUGUGCACAAAUUACUCAAAGGGUCGCCGUGCUUAAAUCCUGAUGGUUCAGUUGAAGGGUCACCAGGCUCAAAUCCUGAUGGUUCAGUUGAAGGGUCACCAGGCUCAAAUCCUGAGUGUUGUGAUUGGUAGAAUAUGGCCACACUUUUGUAUGAUUAUUGCCCAUAUUGUUAUUUCUUGAUGUUGCUAUUCUGAUUCUUGCGAAUUAUUUUUCAUACUUUUCUAUUUUAUUUUUAUGGCGUUUUCAUGAUAUUAUUUUUGCAUCGUUGAAA